AUGGCACCAGGGGAACAGGGUUUCACUGUCACCCGAUCCUGGUGGACACUGGAAUGUCCUCCCGGGUGUUAUUUAAGGAGGGGCCAAGGAGGAGCUCUCAGGGCUGAUGGCUCCAAGGAGAAGGGUCUNNNGGGGACGCUGAGCACCAUGGUGAGGACGGAGGGGCCGGGCAGCCUGUACCGGGGGCUGGGGGCCGGGCUGCAGCGCCAGAUGAGCUUCGCCUCCAUCCGCAUCGGCCUCUACGACUCAGUCAAGCAGCUCUACACCCCCAAGGGUGCUGAGACCACGGGGCUGUGGGUGCGGCUGCUGGCGGGCAGCACCACGGGGGCAGUGGCCGUGGCCUGUGCCCAACCCACCGACGUGGUCAAGGUUCGGUUCCAGGCCCACGGGGCGAUGCCCGAGAGCGGGCGCCAGUACCGUGGAACCGUGGCUGCCUACAGAACCAUUGCCAGGGAGGAGGGAGUCCGGGGGCUCUGGAGAGGGACACUGCCCAACAUUGCCCGCAACGCCAUCAUCAACUGCGGGGAGCUCGUCACCUACGACCUCAUUAAGGACGCGCUGCUGCGGGCACAGCUGAUGACAGACAAUGUCCCCUGUCACUUUGUGGCAGCUUUUGGGGCUGGUUUCUGUGCCACGGUGGUGGCAUCUCCCGUGGACGUGGUGAAGACGCGGUACAUGAACGCGGGUCCCGGGCAGUACCGGAACGUGCUCAGCUGCAUCCUGGCCCUGAUCAUGCAGGAUGGGGUCUCUGGCUUCUACAAAGGGUUUGUCCCCUCCUUCCUGCGCCUUGGCUCCUGGAACGUGGUGAUGUUCAUCUCCUACGAGCAGCUGCAGCGCGCGGCGGCGCUGGCCCGGUCCUGA